UGGCGCUGAGCAUGGCGGAGUAUACGGCGGAGCAUACGUGAUUCAGCGAUGUGUUAUCGAAAUGAGUGUGGCGCCCGGAGUAGGCCUAGUUAAUCACAGAACAGAAAAUGUCUUCAUCGUACUAACACAGCGAAACCAGGUAUUCAAAAUUCAGAUAUGAUGACCCGGAUGUAUUUCCACGUGGUUGUGACGUCUUAUCCCCUUCAAGUCAUCCAGGAUGUUGGGACUUAAAGUGAACAGGAUUAUUAUCGGUUUUUCUUGAGAAUAUGGAAUAUUUGUAUCCUAUUUGAGUGUGAAGCUUACGAAAAUCUCACCCACUACAACAACUGAAAUGUGACGGUCACAUCGUUUAGUCUUAAUGGAGAGUUUUUCAAUAGCGUACGAAGCAUUACGAUGAGAAUGACGUAACGAUGCAUGGUAAACUUAUCCGGGCGCUAUUGAGCGCCAUGCUGGUCGGAUCAUCCGGGUUCCUUAUAGGGCUCAUGUACACAAUGGAACAACAAAGGGCAGUUACUCCAGAUCCUUUCAAGAUUAUGACCACCGCUUCUGUGUCGCGACACAUGUCAAAUAUGACGUCAAAUAGCUCGUCAUAUUCAGAAUCAUCAGUCAAUUCAUCGCUGCCUACACCCAAUACUACAGUGGAAGCUUAUGAGACAUUUCUAAAAUACGACCCAAAAAACUUUUCUUAUCCGGCCGAUUUCAAUUUGAAACAAGCUGUACAUGAUCUUAUUGAUAAGAAUAAUUCAAUUCCGGAAGUACACAAGAGGAUUCACUUACAUAACUUCGAGUAUCUACAUUCACCUGAACCAUGCACAUUUCCCAGGGACGAAAAGAGAAACAGAAAUAUGUUAAUAUUGGUAAAAUCGUUUGCAGGUAAUUUUAAUUUACGAAAAACACAAAGAGCAUUAUUAAAGAAAACUAAAUUGCUUGGUCGCACUAAACAAGUUUUUAUACUAGGAUAUAACGCCACCUAUCAGGAUUUCGUUGACACGGAGAGCCGUAAGUUUAAAGAUAUCAUACAGGAGGACUUCGUUGAUACUUACCUCAACAAUACCUUAAAAACAGUCAUGGCUUACAACUGGGUCGACACUUUCUGCAGGGAUGCGUCCAUCUUGUUUUUUGUGGAUGACGACUACUAUGUGCAUUACGAUAAAAUCUUUAAGCAUAUACGAGCUGUGUUUCAACAAAAAAGUACGGGUAUAUUCGCAGGAACGUUAGCCAGUAGAGCGGUUCCAUACCGCCGUCACGAGACCGUCUGGUCCUUGACGUUUGACCAAUACCCGUACGACUAUUUCCCGCCCUAUAUAGGGGGCGGGGCGUACAUUGUGUCUCAUGACGUUGCACACAAAUUUGCUGUUUCCUUCCCAUAUGUGCAAUUUCUUGGAAUAGACGACGCUUACCUUGGUAUCGUGGCCAAAAAGCUUGACAUACCACCAUCAUACAAUCCAAACUUUGACACGGCAAAACGGACAGCUUUAGCGCGGGAAUGUUCUCACAGCGCUCAAGAAUUGGCCAAUCAUCAAUGUCCUAUCGCUAAACGUAAGAGUGAAUUUAUACAUUACAGGCGUCCACGUAAACCCGUUAGUUGGCUUGACAUCUUACCUGUGGUUAUUUUUCUUAAUUUGUUAUUUAUGAUUGGUGUAUGGUGUUCAAACUAAUCACGUGACUGUGUUCAUUUUUUACAAUACAUAGUUGUAAUAUUAGUGCAUGUUUUAUAGAACACUGUUUUUAGUGGAUCUGAACAACAGUAAUCAGGAAAGUUGCUGUUCCGGAAAUUCUCUAGUACGGAAGCUCGCUAUCAUGGAAUCUCGCUAUUCCGGAUACUAAUGUUGAAGAAAUGUUGUUUUUCGUCUAUCGCGGGAGAUUUUAUUUUUCACUAUUUUUUUCUGAUUUUAUUUUUUUGAUUUUCAGAAAUUCGCUUCUUUCAAUUAUAUACGCCCGUCAAAUUUGACGGUAGUAUUAUGGUAUGGGGUUGUCCGUCCGUCCGGCGUAAACUUUUGU